ACGUACAACUCUACAAGUUCUUGUAUAGGCUUUGUGGGGAUACAUCUUGAUGGCUGUAGCGUAAAUAGCAUUCAAAAGCAAUGAGUUCAAUAGAUUGUUGAGGGCAACAAAUAUAAAUUACAAUGUCAUUGAGAGCAUUCUCACAAGGGGAUCUUCAGCUUACAGGUUUGCCAGAAAAGUCUCUUAGUUUGGAAAAUGGAUUAUUUUGCAAAUCGCUUUCUGUUAGCAGCAGUAAUAUUACCAGUAGACCACAAAUUCAAAGCCGAAAAAUAAUUCAGGAUAAAACAAUGACUGAAGCAUCUUUCAUAUCACCACGAAGAAGCCUUACUCGCCAAGGGCAAAGGCCAGUUCAACUAGUCAGACCAGCCAGUGCUUUUAGUUGUGGGGGAUCCCCCAUUUCGAGUAGUCAGCUUCAGGGAGAACUCGUGAGGAAGAGGAAGGAGUGUGAAGAUCUGAAAAAAGAAAACAAAUAUUUGUCAAAAGAGCUGCAUUUGGAAAGGAUUAUUCUCAGAUCAGAAAGUGAGUUAACAAUGAGGAACUUGAGAAAUCUGAAUCAAGAUCUACAAGCAACAGUCAAAGAGCUAAAGCAAAAACUACAUGUCUCACAACAAAAGGUGACACAGCUCUCCAAACUGUCAGAUGAAGCUGUAUCAGCACAGUCUGAGGCAGAAACAUGUCAACAUCAUGCCGAAACCCAAGCCAAGGAGUAUCGAGCAGAGAGGGAUGUUGCACAGGCCGAGAACAACAAACUGAAACAGGAGAGUGAGCAGCUGAAGAAAAGGGUUAGUGAUGUUCAAGAACUCCUAGCCAAAGCAGAGAAGGAUUACUUUGAAGCUAAGAUGAAGCUAGAUAGGACCACCACUGAACGAGAAAUACUUUUGGAAGAAAACAAAAAUCUAGAGCGUGAAAGAAAUGAGCUAAGGCACCGAUUAAAAGAAGUCACCGAAGAAAUGUGUAAACUGAGAGAUAAAGAACUAGCUCAAAGACGUAGAGCCACUGCUGCUGAGGAUGCUUCGGAGAAGGCUACCAGACUUCAGUACGAGGCGGAGAGGGAGAAGCGACUUCUUGAACAAGAGAAAGAAGAACUGAAGAAGGAAUGUGAGCUAUGGACUGAAAAGCAUGACACAUUAGCAGACAUCCUAAUACGACAAGAGGAAGAAAAGUUAAAACGACAAGAAAAAGCAUUGCUUCUGAUGGAUGGCCUGUGUUGUGGCUGA